AUGCAGGUUCCAGAGGAUGUCGGGACGGGUGUUAGCGUUGUGACAAGUGCGGCGCUUGUCUGCGGCUGGGUUGCACUUGUUGUGGCAGCAGCGGCUGACGAUGACGGCGUUGGUGGGGUGGUUGGGGGAUUGGUGGAGGGAGCUGGAGUGGAUACCAAGCCGUAA